AUGGCUUAAGCUGACAGAAAAGCAGUUAUUAAGAAUGCAGAUAUGGCAGAAGAAAUGUCAUAAGAUGCCAUCGAUUGCGCCAAUCAAGCUUUGGAAAAAUUUAAUAUUGAAAAAGAUAUUGCCGCUUUCAUCAAAAAGGAAUUCGACAAGAAGUACAAUCCUACUUGGCAUUGUAUUGUCGGAAGAAACUUCGGUUCUUACGUCACUCACGAAACUAAGCAUUUUAUUUAUUUCUAUAUGGGUUAGGUGGCUAUUUUGCUAUUUAAGUCUGGUUGA